AUGACAGCAGAGAUGCUGCUGGUGAGGCUAUGGUUUGGGUCAGCUUCUCUGACUGUGAGUUCCAGCAGCUCUCAGUUCUUCAGCUGGACAUCUGUCUCUCUGAGCUGUGAGGAGGAUGACAGCUCUGCUGGAUGGACUCUGAGGAGGAACACAACCAGAGAAACCAGGACUCAGUGUGGAGAUGGCUGGGGAAUAUCUGCUGGUUCUUCCUGUAACAUCAGCUACAUGGUCCCAGGGGACAGUGGAGUUUACUGGUGUGAGUCCAGAGAGGGAGCAACCAGUAACAGCAUCACCAUCACUGUCACUGGUGGACCAGUGAUCCUGCAGAGUCCUGUCCUCCCUGUGAUGGAGGGAGAAGACCUCACUCUGACCUGUAGAACAAAGAUGUCCUCCAACCUCCCAGCUGGUUUCUAUAAAGAUGGCUCCUUCAUCAGGACUGAGCCUGCAGGUCACAUGACCAUCCACCAUGUUUCCAGGUCUGAUGAAGGCCUCUACAAGUGUCUCAUCAGCAGUGUUGGAGAGUCUCCACCCAGCUGGGUCUCUGUCACAGGAAAACCCACGAGUACAAGUCCCCCUACAUCCAACUCUCUCCCUCCCUCCGUGUUGUGGUCCGUUUCAGUCGGGGUUCUGAUUGUGUUGGCUCUACUAGUCAUGCUGGUUCUACUGCUGAGACGAUGCAUCCGUAGGAAACGGAAAGAGAGUGAUUCAGCUGCAGUUUACUCAGCGGUGAGACGGCCAGAGGACACCAGUAAUAGACUAAUAGUGAUCACAGACAUCCAAUCUAGCAGGACGAGAGAGAGAGAUUCGGCUGCAGUCUACUCAGCAGUGAGAGGAACAGAAGACGUCAGUUAUGGACAAAUAGUGAUCAAAUCAAACAGGACCAGAGAGUCUCCAGCAGAGCCAGAGGUACUCUACUCCUCACUGAGGUAGACCUGAACCCCAGUCCAACCAGUGGAGUCCAGCCGGCCCAGUCCACUGGUCCCCAGAGCCGCUCACACCUCGGUACAUUCAUCUGUUAGAUUUCUAAUUAAAGCUAAGUGAGACUCAUACAUCUAUAAAGAGACAAACAACUGAAAUUUAGAGCACGUUUUCAUUCUUUUGAUGAUUUUCAUUCAAAGAUAUACUUCUUAUUCAAAAGGUGCUCUAAGCGAUGUCACACGUUUUUUAGGCUACAACAUUCUUUGUCACAUACA